AUGGAUAGCCAAUUGGAAGUGACGUCAUGUCUAUUACCAUCUUCUGAUGAACAGACGUCGUCAACAUCUCCGUUGGCUCCACGUAAAAUGAGCAGCUUAUCAGUUGCUAGUAGCACUGGUGGAGCUAUGAGCCGUAAACGGAGCAUCAGCGAGAGGAUGAAAGAAGUUGAAGCCAAAUUAAGAUCUGUUCCCAAAAAACCCACACCUCCAAGUAUAUUCGAAGCUGCAGCCAUGAUUGGCAAGUUCUCGGGACAGCGAAUUGAUUUGUUAUCAGGUAAGAAGCAUUUCUAUCCUUCUCACAGCGCUUUUCCUGUUUGCAUACACACAUACUACUGA